UGGCCUUCGAUCACAGACGAACGACGUUUUGAGCUACUCCCUCUAGUGUUUUCCACCAGCACUUCGCUAGCUAGUCAAAGACGGCGAGGGGAAGCGGAGAAGUGCUAGGCUCCGGGUUCAUCUUCAUGAGAAAGUAGACGGGAGAGCGAGCCCCGGGUUUACCUAAAAGCGGCAUCGUUUUGUGUGUUCCGUGAUCGGGAGCCCGAGGAGUGGGCUGUGUCAGCGCUUGUAGGAUGUCCCGACAUGAAGGUGUCAGCUGUGACGCGUGUUUAAAAGGAAACUUCAGAGGACGCAGAUACAAGUGUUUAAUUUGCUACGACUACGACCUGUGUGCAUCCUGCUACGAGAGUGGUGCCACCACAACCAGACACACAACAGAACACCCCAUGCAGUGUAUAUUAACCAGGGUAGAUUUCGACUUGUAUUACGGUGGGGAGGCCUUCUCGGUAGAACAGCCUCAGUCCUUCACGUGUCCCUACUGUGGGAAAAUGGGCUACACGGAAACGUCUCUACAAGAACAUGUCACUUCAGAACACGCAGAGACCUCCACAGAGGUGAUCUGCCCUAUAUGUGCAGCAUUACCUGGCGGUGACCCCAAUCAUGUGACCGAUGACUUUGCAGCGCAUCUCACGCUCGAACACAGAGCACCUCGAGACCUAGAUGAGUCGAGCGGUGUUCGGCACGUGCGCAGGAUGUUCCACCCUGGCCGGGGGCUGGGGGGCCCCCGCGCUCGCCGGUCCAACAUGCACUUCACCAGCAGCUCCACCGGGGGGCUCUCCUCCUCCCAGAGCUCCUCCUACUCCCCCAGCAACAGGGAGGCCAUGGACCCCAUCGCAGAGCUGUUAUCUCAGCUGUCAGGCGUGCGGCGCUCUGCGCAGAUGAACUCUUCAGGGCCGUCUGCAUCGCAGCUGCAGCAGUUGCAGAUGCAGCUGCAGUUGGAGCGGCAGCAGGCCCAGGCGGCGCGGCAGCAGCUGGAGACGGCCCGGAACGCCACGCGCCGCGGUAACCCCGGCAACGCCAGCUCCACCGUCACUCAGACCAGCGGCAGCACAAACCCCGCCCCCUCCGACAGCAACCCGCCCUCCUCACACAGCUCCCAGUUUCUCCUUGCGAGGCUGAACGAGCCCAAGCUGUCAGAGGCGGAGAGGCAGACGCAGGAGGCGGAGCGGGCAGACCGGGGGCUGUUUGUGCAGGAGCUGCUGCUGUCCACGCUGGGCCGCGAGCGGGGAGACAGCUCCUCCGAUGAGGACGAGCGCCGGGACUUUGCCGACUUCGGGGCCAUGGGCUGCGUGGACAUCAUGCCCCUGGAUGUGGCCCUUGAAAACCUGCACCUGAGGGAGGGCCCCCGCGGGGCCGACCCGCCUCUAUGAUGACAUCACGCCUCUAUGAUGACAUCACACCUCGCAGACUAUGUCCUCCGUGCCGUAACUGCCAACCAGACCGGACGACAGUUAUGUUUGGGUUUGUUUUUCGUUCAAAAAUUUUUUUUUUGUUUUCAAAUUUCUUUCUUUUUUUUCUUUUUUCUUUUCUUUUUUUUUUGGUGAUUGUAAUUUUGGGUCCGUCACCCCUAACGCAUUGUGUACAUUCAUACAAGAGCCAGAGUGAGAGAGAGAGAGAGAGAGAGAGAGAGAGAGUGAGAGAAUGCAUCAAAUAAAAUAUAUAUAUACAUAUAUAUAUAAAUAAAUCUAUAUAAAUUGAUAAUCAAUUCCACAUGAUUAAUUUCUACUUUAGUGGGUAAGUGUAGGUAGCUGUGGCAGGCAGCAGUGCAGAUGUUGCUCUGGUUUAAACUCCACGUUCAGAAGAGGAAACUCUCCAUCUCCCAUGAAGCUGCUGACUGUAUUUAUCAAUAUUACUGAAUAAAAAGUGCUUGGAUGGUUUACCAUAACUACUGCAUGAGGUUUUUCCCAGUGUGCAUGUGGUUUAAUGACUCCGUCGUUAAAACUGGAAAAAAUAAAGCUUUAACCAUUUUAAAUUUUGAAGUGGGACACUUUAGGUCUUUUUUAAAUCUCAGUUUAAACUAUUGAAACUUGCAGUACCCUGGCUGAGCACUCUAUUAGGAACACCUGUACACUCAUCCGACUAUCUAAUCAGCCAAUCUUGGCAGCAGUGCAAUGCAUACAAUCAUGCAGAUACGGGUCAGGAGCUUCAGUUAACCAUCAGAAUGGGGGAAAAUGUGAAUUAAGUGACUAAGUGACCGUGGAAUGAUUGUUGGUGGCAGUCAGGGUGGUUUGAGUAUCUCAGAAACUGUUGAUCUGGGAUUUUCACGAACAAUAGUCUCUAGAGUUUAACAAACAAAAAACAUUGAGUGAGCACAGGUUCUGCGGCAGAAAUGUCUUGUUAAUGAGAGACGUCAGAGGAAAAGGGCCAGACUGAUCGUAGCUGACAGGAAGGUGACAGUAACGCAAAUAACCACACAUUACAACAGUAGGCAGAAGAGCAUCUCUGAACACAGCAUGUGUCAAACCUCUAAGUGGAUUAGCUGCAGCAGCAGAAAGCCAUCCUAAAUACCGAAUAAAGUGCUCACCGAGUGUGUAUAUAUAUCGAGUGGCAAUAUGUUCCUCCAGUCAUUACUGUGUGACAUGACCAUCGUCACAUGAUCAUGUGACCGCCCGUCUCUUUGCCUUAUAUACCCACUGCCAUGUUGCAUUUUGGGAUGGUCACGUGAACCUUUCUAACCUCAGCCCCAAGUCUGAGGAAAACCAGCUAUCGACCGAGUGAAGUCCUCCCUGCCUUACUCUACUGUUCUGAGUUUAGCUUUAACGAUUGCAGUAGAUAUCAUACACAGCUUCCCGUGUAACUGCUACAGCGUAACCAGCCUUUCCUCCUGUCAGGCUCCACCCCUUUCUAACCUGUUCUGUCUCCUGUUAUGGUGUCUUUGUCCUAUUUAAAUGUCAUUCCGAAACGGACCCCUCUGUGUAAAAUACAAUAAGAUGUCAAUUGAAUUGGCGCGCUAACUUUCUUGAUGAUGAUAGGACGAGGAUGACUACAUUUAUAAUACAACAACAAUAAAAACUUUACAGAACUUUCA